ACAUUUAUUAUCAUCAGCUUCUAGGUUUUGCAACUCUCUGUCAAGUGACCUUCUCAUUAACCCCGCCACGUUGUCGAGCCAUUUCUCAUCCUUCGGUGGCGCAACAUGAAGCUCACGUUCAAAGACCUCAAACAACAAAAGUUUGUCAUCGAUGCAGAGCCCUCGGAGACGGUUGGGCAACUGAAGGGAAAAAUCUCUCAGGAGAAAGGAUGGGAGGUAGCCCAGUUGAAGCUCAUCUACUCAGGAAAGAUUCUUCAAGAUGACAAGACCAUUGAAUCGUACAGCAUUGAAGAGAAAGGUUUCAUAGUGUGCAUGGUGUCCAAGCCCAAGCCUUCUGCCUCCGGCGCUUCGACACAAGCUCCCUCUACCCCCGCACGAGCAACUGCUUCGACCCCCGCUGCUCCCCCUGCCCCUGCCCCGUCGGCACCCACUGCUUCACCCGCAGCGCCUGCAACACCCUCUCCAGCCGCCUCGGGAACUUCUCAGUCCACUGGCCCCGCAUUUAACGAUCCAUCUGCCCUCCUGCGUGGGGCUCAAAGCGAAGCAGUGGUCGCUCAGAUGGAAAGCAUGGGGUUCCCUAGAAGCGACAUCAACCGUGCAAUGAGGGCUGCUUUCUUCAACCCCGACCGCGCCAUCGAGUAUCUCUUAAAUGGUAUCCCGGAUAACAUUCAGGAAGAGCAACAGCAGCAAGCCGCUGCCGGCAGCGCGCCCCAAGCAUCCGCAUCUCCUGCACAAGAAACUGCUCCGGCUCCUGAUGAUGACGAACAUGUUAACCUGUUCGAAGCUGCCGCUCAGGCUGGAGGACAGGAGGGUGGCGCUCGCGGUGCCCGCCCUGGAGCUGCGUCUGGUGAAGGUGUUCCCAGUCUUGAUUUCCUUCGGAACAAUCCCCACUUCCAGCAGCUUCGCCAGCUGGUUCAGCAACAACCGCAGAUGCUCGAGCCUAUCCUGCAACAAGUUGCUGCCGGCAAUCCUCAAAUUGCACAACUUAUUGGACAAAACGAGGAGCAGUUCCUGCAAUUGUUGAGUGAGGAGGACGACGCGGCUCUUCCCCCCGGCACGCAUCAGAUCCACGUCACGGAAGAGGAACGGGACGCUAUCGAACGCCUUUGCCGACUCGGAUUCUCGCGGGAUCUUGUCAUCCAAGCUUACUUCGCUUGUGACAAGAACGAAGAACUUGCUGCUAAUUAUCUGUUCGAGAAUCCGGAUGACCCUGAUGACCUAUGAUUUUACUCCUACCUUUUAGUUUCCAUCUAGGUGAAUGUCCUAUUGCCAGAUGCUACUCUUCCCUAUUGAUCUCUCAUCUUCCCACAUAAUGAACGUCGCGAUGUGUCCCUCCUAUUAUCCUGUUGGAAUCCCCUCUCCAUUGGGGCGACUAUGUAGAAUAGACCGCGGUCAAGCCCAAGUCAUCACCACAGAGCUCGUGCCGUCCCUCGCAAGCCUACUAGCCGGCCAGAUUUUUUCAUCGUACCUGUUUCAUUCUCUAAUCAUGUCUGCAUGCUGUUCUGUCGCGUGAUAGGUUUCAUUGAACAAUCCUUACUCGAUGAAUACGUAUCAUCUAUGGCUGUCAUCAGUCCAAUGAAAUAACCCCUUGGAGUUCUUGCUCAUUACUGAUCGACAAGAUCAAAAUUAUGGAAAUUAUUGUAUCCUU